UCUCAAGUGAAUCAGGUGGAAAGUCAGCUGACAAUCAACAACCCGGAAGAGUUACAGAAGUUACAGAAGUUGCCAUGUAAAAAAAUAGCCUAGUCUUUACAUCACGUGUCUUAUAUUGGCUUUUAACUAAUAAAAUGUUCGGUGGAGACGACGAAGAUGGGGAUUUCUUGUCACCCACAGGCGGUGCCAAGUUGGCUUCUCUGUUUGGGGUUGACGAAGAAACCAGUCAAGGGAAUGAUUCCUUUCAUUAUACAGCACCAAAACAGCCUAGAAAAAGCUCAAAUCCAGGCAUCCAAACAGCAGCACCAUCAUCUGGUCCCCUUGAAGUCUUAUUUGCCGUCGCUGUCCACGCCUUUCGAUAUAUAAAGGGACAGUACGUGAAGCAGGGAAAGCUGGGGGCAGCCAUACUGGGCAACCACACGAAUAAAGAGUACAAGUUGCUCCUGUACUUGAGCCAGCAGAAGCCAGUUACUUCUGCCAAGAUCCACAUUGACUUCAUUUUUACGGUACAGUCCAACAAUUACUGCACAUUUUAUGAUGACCAAAGGCAGAAUUGGUCCCUCAUGUUUGAAUCAGAGAAAUCAUCAUCUGACUUCUGUAAAGAGGUGUGUUUGGCAAAGGCAAACAGCUGCAAAGUUUUCGAUGCGGUGCUGACUCAGGAUCUAAGUCCCGGGGAAGGCCAGGCAGUACAACAUGGAGACUCUUUAGAGGUGGCAUACAGAGGCUGGCUCUUGCAGAACCACACUAUUGGACAGAUGUUCGACUCCAACCAAAAUAAAGACAAGUUGUUACGGCUGAAAAUUGGAGCUGGAAAAGUAAUUCAAGGAUGGGAGAAGGGGGUGCUCGGGAUGAAGAAGGCUGGCUGUCGUCUCAUUGUUGUCCCACCGAAUCUUGCUUAUGGAUCACAAGGUCUCCCUGACCGUGUCCCAGCUAACAGCACUCUAAUUUUUGAAGCAGCAAUCAGACGGGUGAAAAUUUCCAAGGAAUGUGGCUCAGAUCAGUCUUGUGCCAGUUCAAGAGAUUCUGGUACUCUCUCCCCUGCUCCGAGUGUUGAGAAUCUGGCAACAGAGCCACCAGUACAAACAGCUGCACUGGACUCAGGCACACCAGGGGAGACACCUCAGCACGCAAAGUCAAAUUCCCUCAGUGAACAACUCACAACUACAGAUCCCACAAAAGCCAAGCUGAUCUCUCGUAUGGCAAAGAUGGGCCAACCCAUGUUGCCCUUUCUAACAUGCCAGCCUGAAUCUAGUGACUCUGAAUUGGAGGAUACCACCACUGGUAGAGUCAAGAAUCUGCCUUUGGCACCAUCUCCUGUGCAGAUCACUUCUGCUGCCCCAGUUCAAGCACAUGUACUUCCACAUCCCUACCCUGCUCUUCCUACUAAUGUACAGGUACUUCCCAACUGUACCAAUAUUGCUGCACAGCCUGGUUUGCUUAGUAAUCAUCACACUUUUCAGACUUCUGUUCCUAUGAAUCAGCUCCAGUCUGUGAGCCAAGUUUAUCCUACACGUAUCCCUUGCAUUGGCUCGAAUGACGUGACUUCCUUCUUGAUGAUUGAGACGCGACAGCAAAACACAGAGAUCCAGUUAGCUGUGGGAAAAGUAGCAGAUAAGGUCGAUCAACUCGCAUCAAAGAUAGAUGACCUUCAAAGGCAGGGAAUUUUCCCCUUGGGCCUGUCUGGUAUAUCGAUGGAGUCCUCCAUGAUCAUGCAAAACGUCCAAAGAAUCAUCCAGGAAAAUGAAUGUUUAAAGAAGGACAUCUUCGAGAAAGGUUCUCGUAUUGAAGAGCAAAACCACAAGAUAAGUGAACUAUUCAACCAAAGCCAAAGGUAUAUGGAACAGAAUAACACACUUUUGGAAAGAAGAAAUGACUCUCUCCAGUCUUCAAGUGAGCGGAGUCGGGCAAAACUACUGCAGGCUGAACAAGACAAGAUUCAGCUGAGGGAAGAACUGGCAUCAACUGCAGCUCAUCUUUCUCAAGUGCAACUCGAAGCUUUGAGUCAUCAGCAGAAGGUUUUGGAACUACAGACUAAGCUGACCACAAGUCUGCUUGACUGUGAAAGCCACACUAAACACAUCAGUGAUCUGGAAUCACAGCGGGAAGAGUUGAAGCAAGUAUCAGAAAGAACCCAGGCUCAGUACAGCACAGAGAUAGGAAGGUGCAAGGAGAUGGCGCUAAAGCUCAAAAACAUGGAGGAGGAACUUAAUGACCUGAAGACAAAUCAAGAUGGUAAAAAACAAGCAUCUGAGCUGAAAGCAGAGCUCGACGAAAGGUGGAAGAUGAAGUACGAGCAGGAUUUAGCCUUAGCUAAAGAAAAAUAUGCCAAAGAGAUGACCGAUCUUAAAGAGGAGAGAGAUUAUCUGCUGGAGUUGAAAGUGCAACAGGAACAGGGGUCACACAGUGCCACUGUUAAGGAAUUGCUAGAGAGAAGAGUGGCUGAACUUGAGAUGAAACUGACCGAACAAGAAAGUUCAUCAGAUACAGCAGCGGAGGUGAAGCGUGUGAUGAAUGGUGUGUUUCAUUCUCUACGAAGGGAGUUUGACCUCAAUGAAUCUUACAGUGGCCAGACUGUGCUUGGUGUGCUGGUAAAUACCAUUAAGAAUGUAACUUUACAUCUCCUCAACGACAAAGACUCCCAGAAAACAAUUAAAAAGGAAGAGUUGGCAGAUCAAGAAGUGGAAACAGACCGAGGUGAUUCCAAACAAGCAGAAAAGAAAAUAUGUAACACAUUCCUUGUGAAUCAAGAGAGUGCAAUCAGCAAACCAAUAAAGGAGGCCGUUUGUGAGACAAAGAAUAACCAUUACCACAGUCGUGAGGACCAGAUGUCGGAUGGAGCUGAAGCACAGGAGCCUUCAUCUAUUUUAAAAGAACAGCGCCGCACUGAAGCAUUAGAAACGACAUCAGGAUCUCCAACAAAGCAAGGGCAGGCACGAGAUGACAUUAGUGAGGCUGCAAACCCAGACGCCGGACCUCAUGAAAGUGUCCUAACUGAGGUCGAACGGGAGCAGAAUGUUGACUUGAGUGAUGUGUCAAAGGUGAGAAUGGAGAAUACAAAAAAAUCAGGAGAAGUCGAUCCCGACUCCCAGAAAUCUUUUGGACCCCCAGCCAAGCCGCCGCCACCACCAGAUGAAGUUCAGCUCAGUGGUGUUAAAGAUAAAAGUCUGACUGGGGAAUCACAGAUGGAAAAUGGAAAGACGAUUUUCAAGAGCAGAGCCAGUCACCAAUCCACUUUGGAAGAAGAGGAGGAUGAAGUGAGCUUGAAGGGACAUCCGCCACCAGCUCCACUGUUAGAUUCCAAUUCCAGCGGAAGACAAACAGCCCCAAAACAUACUGCUCCCACCACCAUGCUUCACUGAAGCAAUGUUUUUUAUUUUUAUUUUUUUCUUGGUAACGAUCAGAGUUAUGUUUGCGGCAAAAGCUUUUGGAAUAAUUGCCAAAGAUCUAAAUCUUGGUUUCAUUGAACAUGACACAUUUUCCCCCACGUGUCUGGGAGAAUUGUUACGGCUAUUGACACCAAUGUGGAACAUUGUAGCCAUAAUUCCAAACGGUGUGUAUGGUGGCACCAACAACUCUGCGCAUCACCAAGAGAACGCCAUAUCUGCAGUGAGGCAUGGUGGUGGCAGCAGGGCCGAGGACAGUCAAAUUUAUUUGCAGUGAAUCAGAGGCACUUUCAAUGGGAGCAGGCGUCCGCUACUUCCCAAUUAACCUGGGUUUGAUUGUGAAUGGUUAAUUCUGAACACUGCCACAUCCCAAGAGGGUGUGCACAAUUGUUCAACCAUUUAUUUUCACUUCCUGUCUGAAAAGUUCAGUAUGCAGUCAUGAAAAAAAAUGUUGAGUUGUAUGGGCUAUAGCUUACCUUUAAUGGUGGAAGAGGUUUUGAAAGGAUGCAUCUAAAUCUCCUUUUUUAAAGCGCAAAAACCUGGCAUUUGAACAGUUGGAUGUAGAAUGUUUAUAUCUACUUUUACUACAGCACAAUAGGUUUUGGAGUCAGUAGUUUUCCUGUUGUCUUACAUUUAAAAAAAAUAGCAUUGGUCAUUUUUAACAUUUACCAUGAGAAAACGUUAAGAGUAUACUUUUACACAAUUUUGCUAACAUGGAUGGAUGAAUUCAACCUACUAAAUAAAGAUCUCAAAUGUU